ACAUUUGACAGAUUUUGCUUUUUGUUCUAUUAAAAAAGUUUUAGCACGUCACUAUUUGUAAUUUUCAGUAAAUGUAAUAAUUUGUGCAAAAAAAAAAAAGAAAAAAUACAAAUUACGCCUUUUGUUAAAAGUAUUUUAAUAAUUUAAUAUGAGUACGGAUGUACAGUGAAUGUCAGAGGCUGUGAUUUAAAAUCGUUAUGGAAAAGUUUCCUUUAAAGGGGGUUCGAGAAAUUGUGGCAGAGGGAAAUAAUUAUUUAACGGCGUAUCAGUCAGUAUUGAAAAAGUCUAACGGUCAUACAUCUGGCAACGAAACAGACUAUCAAGAUCAUCCUUUAGCGGCACCAUCUUCGUCGAGCAGAACAGCAGCAACAACAACUUUAACAACGCCAGACGAUGAUGAAAUGAUCGAUAUAACACCACACUCAAGUCCUGGAGAAGGUUCACAUCAUUUUAAUACAUAUAGUCGUGGUAGUACAGCAGAUAAUUCUGAUAUGGAGAGAGAACGAGGAGAUUAUAACAGUCAUCAUCAUCCACAUCAUUCUAACAGUAGUCAACAGCAUCAACGCAUACAUCAACAUGUGCCAACUCACAGCGCUUUUGGAGAUUCAAUGGAUGGCGGCUUGUCGUUCUAUGGUUCAUCAGAACCAAAUGAUGAUAUACCAGGAAUUGGGCAAUAUGAAGAUUUUCAUACGAUAGAUUGGCAGCGUGAUAUCGCAAGGGAUCGUAUGCGCCAUCGUUAUAUUGUAAAGAAACGUCAAGAUUCUCUGUGGGAUUUAGUCAAGGGUGCCCAUGAUGCUUGGUCGGGUUGGUUGUGUGUUUUGUUGGUUGGUAUAGCGGCGGGUUGUGUGGCUGGUAUGGUCGAUAUCGGAGCAAGUUGGAUGUCCGAUUUGAAACAUGGCAUAUGUCCACAAGCUUUUUGGUUUAAUCGUGAGCAAUGUUGUUGGCCUACAAAACAAUCAGUCUUCGAAGAGGGCAAUUGUUCAACGUGGAAAACAUGGCCAGAAGUGUUUGGCCUAAGCCGAGAAGGCACAGGAGCUUAUAUUAUCUCGUACAUUUGGUUUAUACUUUGGGCGUUGUUGUUCGCUGCACUCAGCGCAUCAUUGGUGCGUAUGUUUGCACCGUAUGCAUGUGGUUCUGGUAUACCAGAAAUAAAAACAAUUCUCUCGGGUUUCAUUAUAAGAGGCUAUUUGGGUAAAUGGACGUUGCUAAUUAAGUCAGUUGGUUUGAUGCUCUCAGUUUCGGCGGGUUUAACCUUGGGCAAGGAAGGUCCUAUGGUUCACAUAGCAAGCUGUAUUGGCAAUAUCUUCUCACAUCUAUUUCCAAAAUAUGGUCGUAAUGAAGCUAAAAAACGUGAAAUAUUGUCAGCAGCAGCGGCAGCUGGUGUGUCUGUAGCUUUUGGAGCACCAAUCGGUGGAGUUUUGUUCUCAUUGGAGGAGGUUUCAUACUAUUUUCCACUAAAAACAUUGUGGCGUUCAUUUUUUUGCGCUCUAAUAGCUGCAUUCGUUCUUCGUUCUCUCACACCAUUUGGCAAUGAACAUUCUGUGCUCUUCUUUGUGGAAUACAAUCAGCCUUGGAUAUUCUUCGAAUUGAUUCCAUUUGUUUUUUUGGGUAUAAUGGGGGGCAUUAUUGGAACGUUAUUUAUUAAAGCGAAUUUGUGGUGGUGUCGCUUUAGAAAAUUCAGCAAAUUAGGUCAAUAUCCUGUAACAGAAGUUUUGGUUGUUACUUUAAUAACUGGCAUAAUUUGCUAUCCCAACCCAUUUACACGCAUGAAUAUGAAUGAGUUGAUCUAUUUACUGUUUAGUCAAUGUUCACCAGGAGACAUUUCGAAUCCAUUAUGUGAUUAUACGCGUAUGAACAUAACCAAUGCAUCAUCUUCAAUAGAAGUAACACAAUUAGGCCCUGGGGUGUACCGUGCUAUAGGUUUAUUGGUUCUGGCCUUUUUCUUAAAAUUGGCUUUGACAGUAUUUACCUUUGGUAUGAAAGUUCCAGCUGGCCUGUUUAUACCAUCUCUGUUAUUGGGAGCAAUUAUGGGAAGAAUUGUGGGUAUUGCCGUUGAACAAUUCGCUUAUAGUUAUCCAAACGUUUGGUUCUUUACGGGCGAAUGUGUAACGGGUAACAAUCUCAUUACGCCUGGUCUAUAUGCUAUGGUAGGAGCGGCAGCUUGUUUAGGAGGUGUAACACGGAUGACUGUAUCUCUUGUGGUAAUAAUGUUUGAAUUGACAGGUGGAGUUGGCUAUAUUGUACCACUGAUGGCAGCUGCCAUGGCUUCCAAAUGGGUUGGUGAUGCUCUAGGCAGACAGGGUAUUUAUGAUGCACAUAUUGCAUUGAAUGGUUAUCCUUUCCUUGACAGUAAAGAAGAAUUUGCACAUACAACUCUAGCCGCAGAUGUUAUGCAACCGAAACGCAAUGAAACAUUGAACGUUAUAACACAAGAUUCCAUGACGGUAGAUGAUAUUGAAACAUUGCUCAAAGAAACAGAACAUAAUGGUUAUCCUGUAGUUGUUUCUAGAGAGAAUCAAUAUCUCGUUGGUUUUGUAUUACGCAGAGAUUUAAAUUUGGCUUUAGGUAAUGCAAAACGUUUUAUUGAAGGCAUAAAUGGCCAAUCCAUAGUAUUAUUUACAUCAACUGCACCUGUGCAAAAUCUAGGACCUCCACCACUUAAGUUGAAAAAGAUAUUGGACAUGGCUCCAAUUACAGUAACAGAUCAAACGCCUAUGGAAACUGUUGUCGAUAUGUUCCGUAAAUUAGGUUUGAGACAAACUCUUGUAACUCAUAACGGGCGUUUGUUGGGCGUCAUAACAAAGAAGGAUGUACUGAGGCAUGUCAAACAGAUGGAUAACGAAGAUCCCAACACAGUUUUAUUCAACUAAAUGAAAUCUUAUUGUAAACAAAUUUUAAACAAACCCAAAACGGAUGUGGUUAAUUAGAACAGAAAAAGAAUUUCUAGAUUUACUAUCAUAAUGUAAAAUUGCCCUCUUCGGUUUAUCAUCAAGAAAAACAUAACAAAACAGAAAUAUCAAUCAUAUCGUUAUGAAAACAAAUUUUAAUGCUUCAAGAUGGUACGAUUGCUGUACAUUAUUGACAAAUUGAUUGAAUUGAUGGUUGCAAACUGAGCUUAGUUUCAUCGGUACAUAAAUAAUUGUUUGAUUUUUAUUUCUUUCUUUUUUUUAUUUCGCAUAAAAUUGUGGUUUAUACAAAAUGUUAUACACUUUAGUAAUUUAUGUAAUUAGUAUAUAUUUAAUUGUAUUAAUAUUAAUAUAAAUGAUAACGAAAAUGAGUAUGAUGAUGAUGAUUAUAAGAAAAUGAUGUAUAGAGAAUAAAGUAGAAAAUUCCAAAUUAAAUUAUAUUCACAUUAAAAUAUUUUACAUUAAAAAACAUCACUGUAUAUUUUUUACAAAUUUAAUUUUCUAAAUAAUGACUUUGUUCAUUUUUAAAACAUUUUAGUGUUGUUCUUAUGCGAUAAAAUUUAAACAUAAAGGCUGCUUUUUUUAAAAAGAUCGAAAAACUGGACAAAAUAUUUUGUUAUAUUUUUCGUAAGUAUUAAAGUCGGCCACAAAUACUAGUAAAAUACCUAAUAAUACAAUCUAUGCCAAACUAUUUAUAUAUUUUAUAUCUAACUAUUUGUGUAAAACAUAAUAAGAAAUUAGAUAGAAAUAUUUGGUACAUAAAUUUAGGUACUUUUGUCAAUUCAUGUCCAAGAUUUAUAUUAUUAGGUGUUAUACUAUUAUUAAUAAACCUAUAUGUAUAUCCUUAACCAAUAAAAUAUUUAUUUUAAAACCAAACGUCGAAUGAUCAGAUGAUUGAUUUAUUGAAUGAUAAUUGUGUGUGUAUUCCAUAGUAAAUUAUACUUUUAUAUGUUACUUAUUAUUUCUUUUUUGUAUGUCUUAAUAACAAGAAUAAAAUAAAUAAAAAAGUAUAUUAUAUAUAUCAUA